AUGUCGAGUGACGAAGAGGAAAUGCGCGCCAUCCGUGUGGGCCGUCAGUUCAAAACUCGGGCGGAGCGGCGGGAGGAGGAUGCAGCGCGAGCAAGAGCAGCGCAUGUUCAGCGCAUUGUGGAAGAGGAAGACUCAGCGGGCGACGAAGGAGAAGCUGGAGAGGACCGCGAGAGCGACGCCGACGCUUCCUUCGGUCCGUCGGCUCUUCGAAGAGCCCGUCACUCUGGAUUUCCUUCCUCUCUAACUAAAGGAGGAAGAAUCGCCGCCGAGACGCCGAGCGACGAGGAUUCAGAUGAGGACUUCGGACCCCAGCCGCUCGCGUCGGCUGCGACUUCUUCGCCUGUCAGAGCGGAGAAAUGGUGCCUCCGUCGACCCACCUCUUGUACAGCCGAAGAGGAUUCAGAUGAUGACGCCUCCUUUGGUCCGCAGCCGCUUCGUUCCUCUCCGUCUGAGUCUCCUCACUCGUCUGUUUCUGUCUCCUCGCGCGCGGGGUGCGUCCCCGACAAGACCACCGGGAUCGCCGCCAAGGCGCCUUCCUCGGGAGAAGAAGGAUCGCAGUCAGACGCUUCUGAGCCUGAACGCGCCUCCUCCCGACUCGCGCCUCUCUCCUUCGACGAUGACGAGGACUUCCUUCUGGGCCUGGCACCCGAGCCUUCCGCCUCCCCAGCCGCCUUGGCCGCUUCCUCCGCAGCGACCAGCUGCUCGGGAGAUAACGGAAGGAGGAACGAGACAGACGAACCCAAGUUCAGAGUCCCUCAAGGCUCCAGUCGGAGCAGCAGACGAAAAGGAAGCGCCUCCGAAGAGGAACAAGAUGAGGCAGAUGAAGAUGACGAAGGAGAGGACGACCUUGUCGAUCCAGAAGAAGCAGAAGCUGCAGCGCUGAGGACCGCGAUCGGCCUCCCCUCUGCCUUCGGUUUAGCGGGAGCGAGGAAGCCGGAGUGCAGAGACAGCAUCGUGAAAGCGAGGUCGAAGUGGAAGGCGUCGAGUGGAGUCGCCGGCGCGUCCUCGCCCUCUCAGUCCGCAGAGGGGAAGCAGUUGAAGAGAAGCGAAGAAGAUGGAAGCGAAGAAGAUGGAGAGGCAAAGAAGGAAGGCGCGCGGGGGUCACUCAAGCAGGAUUCCGACGAAGACGAAAGCGAACAAGCCGCGCGUCCCGGCGAGUCUGCAGAAGACGAAAUGUGGCGGUCUCUGGGCUUGCCCGUUUCCCUGGAAGUUUCAGUCCCGGCGCAUCAGCCGUCUCUGGCGAGUGCUCUUGCUCUCAACCCCAAGGCAAACCGAAUGGCAACGGGCGGCAGCGACGGAGUCGUGCGUUUCUGGGAUUUCCAAGGCAUGACAAGCCGAAUGCGGAGUUACAGGCAAGUGACUCCUGUGGAGAAGCACACUGUCGAGGCGAUGGCUUUCAGCAGCCGGAACGACCUUCUCUUAGUGGCCAGCGGCGAUUCUCAGUGUCGUGUGUACAACUCUCAAGAUCCGUCGCAGCCAAUAGUGACCACGACAAAGGGAGACAUGUACAUUCGAGAUGUCUCGCACACCAAAGGUCACACACACAAGGUUCUCGACUGUCACUUCCACCCGCUGGACAAGAACCUGUUUGUGUCUUGCGGCCUCGACGCGAGUGUACGCCUGUGGGACUUGAAUGCGCCGCUGUACGGCAUGCUGCAGACGCUUCCCCAUGUCGCUUGUCUCAAAGCCGUUGAUCGACGAGGCCUGAACAGCAGCGCGACCCACUGCACGAGUUGCAUGUUCACCCCUACUGCAGCGAAGAUAGUCGUGGUGGGAUGUGCGGACGGCUCUCUCCAGAUGUGGGGUAACGUCGGAAGCAAGAAGAACUUCGGUCGCCCUGACGCGAUCGUUCGAGAUAUCCAGAUGUCGGCCAGCGGAGCGUCUGCGGCCGCAGGGAGCAGGAGCAACAUGGCCAGAGGGGGGGUCACCGGCUUGCAAACCUGGCGAGGAGGCGAGGGCGGAUUCGAAAAUGCGAUUUUGUCGCUGAGGAGUUUUCGGGACGACUACCGGUUCGUGUCUCGAGGGGGCGAUGGACUUUUGGCUCUCUGGGACCUCCGGAAGUUCAAAACGCCUGUGAAACUCGUCGAGGGCCUGCCCACAGCUAGUCACCGAGCGGGAGUUUGUCUCUCCCCCGAUGAAAAGUACGUCUGCACAACCAGUCAACGCGGAGGGAGGUCGAGGAAGGAAAAGCCAUUCGACGGCUCCUCUGCGUCGGUUUCGUCGUCUCUCGACGAGGCGAGUGGAUCGCUGGAAGUCUUCAGUGCAGACAACUUGUCUCGGGUCGCUGCGUUCCCUCUGGCUCCCGGGGUUCAGCCGCUGCGCGUCGAGUGGCCUCAGGAGACGAACCAAGUGUUGUGUUCCUGCUCCGAUGGCAGUGUUUCGAUUUUCUUCGACCGAACGCUCUCGCAGAAGGGCGCCCUGCUCUUUGUGGACACACCACAGGGACGCCGACGCCGCGAGGAAGAGGAGGCUGGCGAAAGUCUCGUCUUCGCGAAAGAGUACAUUUUCGUCCCGGGCCAGCUUCCAGACGGCUACAAAGAGACCUUCGACGGAAAAAUCAUCAAGGUCAAACCCCGAGGGAAGGAGCGGCUGCGCCGCUUUCUGGAGACGCAGAAAACCUCUGUGCCGCCUCGACCGGCCAAGGAGGGCUACGGAGGCGCGAAUGUCGGCGGUGGGAAUAGAAGUCAGCACUUGCUGAAGAAGUUGGGACUUUUGGAUCCGGAGAAACUGCGUCAGGAAGAGGAGCGGGACCCCGUCGAGGCCCUGAGGGCGUACGCGGCGAAGACCGAGAAGGCAGGGUUAGAGAGCCAGUUGAUCAGCCGCGCGUAUGCGGUGACGCAGCCGAAUCCUGUGCUCAAUGCAGACAUGGAGGAGGAAGACGAAGACGAAUUCCUGAAACACCGAGAAAGGUGUCCACGAUGUGCGCUGCGCAUGUGCCAGUGUGGCUACAUGGAGGAAAUGGAGAAACGGGGUGCAGGCUGUAGAGGCGACAGUCCCGACAGGGGGAAGAAGAAACAACGGACGGCAGCAGCGGAGCACGUAGAGAGAAGGUAA